AUGCACCGAGACGUAUAUCCAGCCAUCGAUCCAGCCCAGAAACCAGGUGUCAGGGCCGAGGGAAAGGUUGCCGUUGUGACAGGAGCGACUGGAGGGCUCGGAUUUGCCGUUGCUCGAUCUUUGCUGACUGCUGGCGCCAAGGGAGUUGUACUUGCUGGUCGCAACCUGGACAAGUUGACCUCCGUGUCUAAAGAGCUCGACGGAGGCUCCAGGGUGCUCCCCAUUUCUGCGAAUGGUCUCGUGCAGGAUGAGGUCGAUGCCAUCUUCACCCAGGCUCGAGAGCACUUCGGCCGCGUCGACGUUCUCAUCAACGCCGCUGGCACCAUGGGCGUUGGGCCAAUUGGCACGCUUUCGUCAUCGGACUGGUGGCAGAACUUUGAGGUCAAUGUGCAUGGUGUUUACAAUAUGUCCCAUGGAUUCAUCGAUGCCACCGGCGGGCAGGGCACCAUUAUCAAUCUUGUCAGCCUGGGUGCAUCUUUCCUGAUGCCCGGAAUGUCGGGCUACAGUGCUUCUCAGUUGGCUACUAUCAAGCUCGGGGAGUUCCUCGAUCUAGAGCACCCCAAGCUUCGCGUAUUUUCUGUCCAUCCUGGAAUGGUCGAGGCUGAGAAUGGCCGCGGGAUGGUCGUUGAGGCCCUGCUCCCGUUCUCAAAGGACAAGGCUGGUCUGACUGGGGCUCUUGCGGUCUAUCUCACGACGGACAAGGCCGACUUCCUGAGGGGAGGAUAUAUCCAUGCCAACUGGGAUGUGGAGGAGCUUGAGGCACACAAGGAAGAGAUUGCUGAGAAGAAGCUCAUCAAGCUUGGUUUCAUCAAUGGGACAAUGCAGCCAGGUGGAUAUCCUUGGUCGACUUGA